GCAACCGAUAUUGCUGUCGUCGUCCGAAUUGCGCAGCCGAGACAAGUUAUCACCCUCUAUUUGUUCAUCUUUGUGCCGCUGUCCAUGGCCUGGAUAUACUACUACUACCGAGGUUCGGAGAGUGCUUCGCGUCAGCAGCUCUUCCUACUGCUGCUGCAGAUCAGCGUUGCGGCUCUCAACUUGGGCACGACUCUGGUAAACCAAUCCUUAUGUGUGCUUAUGAAAGCACCCAUGAUGAUCACAGCCAUGCAGAGUGCUUCAAUGCUUGUUUUCGCCAUCGCUGCCACAGUGGUGCACUUCUCGAUCCAUCAUACUAGGCCGAUUCUCGCUAACCUUCGGCGCGACCUGAUGUUGUGGCUUCCGGCUGCCAUAGCCUUCGGUGUUUUCCAGUUGGCUGAUCACUUCGAAGCCAACUUCUGCUCCCUCUCAGAGCGGACCGUCUUCGGAAACUUGGCUCCGGUGUGUGGACUGUUUUUGGAGCUCAGCCUCAGCUCCUUCAUGCAGCGGCACGACCGGUCGGAGAAAGCAGCCGCCAGCUUCGCCUCCAAGAUGGCGCUGGCUCUGAAAGUUUUUGGUGCAACCGUUUUUGCACUACAGUAUCCAGACUUCAACGCCAAGGGAAUGGAGGUUUCAACCUACUAUGUCAUCUCCAUGGUGAUCUAUAGGCUUGUCCAAAGAUGCAUACUUGGGCAUAUUGAUAGCCCUCUCACCUUGUUGACGGCAGUGGAUGCUGUGGCUUGCUUUGUGAUAGCGGCCAUUCUUAGCCGAAAUGAGGUGGCGGAUAUGUCGAAGUCCCUGCACAUUUGGUGGAACAACGGGUCCGUCACAACGAUGCUGUUCUUGUCUUUCAUCACCUUCAGUGUUGGGCACUGGGCCACGCUGCACUUAGUAAACGCAGAUACAGCCACGGCCACCAUGGUGAUCACCAAUAUCUCCAGCGGCUUCAGUGUGUUUCAGGGCAUUCUAUUCUUUGAUGACCAUGACUUUCAGCGACCAAUGGCCUUUGUCGGAAUCAUGAUUGUCAUCCUAGCCGGCAUAUGGUGGACGGUGAACCAAAGCCUGAUGAGUGCAAAUGACGAAGUCAUGGAAAAGCAGUCGGAAGACACUGGCGCGUCUGCUUCUUCAGAUGCCAAGUGA